GGUGUCAUGACGUUGCCUCAAAGCCAACCAAUCCAGUUCAAACAUUCAAGAGGAGGCUCUCCAGUUUGGAGUGGCGUUACUCACAGCAGACACAAGGCGAAAGCUAAGAGGCAUGUCUCCAGAGGAUGAACUCCAAAGUCCCCCCCUUGGAUUCAGCUCUGAUCUCACUCUGAGUCGUGACAGCAGUCAUGUUCCCGAGAGAAGGAUCAGGGCACGGAGCAGCCACCAAACAAGAACCCCAGAGUCUGGGAUCAUCUGCCACGGAGACUCAACCGAUAGAAGGAGCCCUUUCCUGAAAAUCCUGAUGGAUGCAGAAGCAGCUGCCACUUCUGCAGCAAUACAGCUCAUGUCUUUUAAAGAUGCCAUGGAAGAUGAAUUUGCUGAUUCGAGGCAGUCUGUGAAAGACAAGCGGCGAGCCGCAAGGCAAAGAUCACUUUUGCUGGAGAAGUUGGAGGAUUUUAGACGAAUAAAUAAAUCUGUGCGACAGAAGCUGAAACAGCUCCAAGAUGCAGAGGCUGGUCGAAUUGAUACUGACCAACAGAUUGACGUCUUACUAAAGAGGAUCACACAGGCUGAAAAUGAAAAUGAGCAUUUACAAAAAGAUUUUAAUGAGAGUGAGAGAAAAAUCAAGGAGCUGAUGGAUCUGCGGAGAGAAGAGCAGGAGAACAUGAAAAGUGCAGUUCACAUGUCCAAGGCUGCGGAGGAAACUCGCGCUCACUUGCAAGGCCAGCUGCGCAACAAGGAAGCUGAAAACAAUCGUCUGACUGUACAGCUACGGACUCUGGAGAGAACUCUGACUGAGCAGAAGAUGGAGAUUGAUGAUCUGAAAGGGUCCGUCAGCUCUCUGACCGAAAAGGCAGCACAGGACAAAGAAUCUCUGAAGAAAGCCACACGAGCACAGAAACUGAGAGCUGAGAGAUUUGAAGCUGCUAUUGAGAAAUGCUAUACACAGCUGAAGGAAAAGGAUGCUCAGCUGUCCAAAGCCCAUUCAGAGCGAGACUCCAGGAGACGACAGAAGGAGCAGAUGACAGAUGAGAAAGACAAACUUGUUGCUCAUAUAGAACUGUUGGAAAGUCAAAUUGCAGACUUGACAGUGAGGCUGCAGAAGCAGAAGGAUGAGCUAAGUGCAGCUAAUGAAACUGUGAUGCAGCGCGUUGAAAAACUCAGUGCUGACAAUGGAGACCUCAGCGUCAAUAAUGCAGCACUCAAGGCAUCCAUUGCUCAGUUGGAGCAGCAGCUUGCUGAUUGUGAGUCUGCCCUCAUAGAGGAGAAAAUUGUCUCUCAGGAGAGGAAACAUAAAGCCGAACAGUGCCAAUAUCAGGUUGCAGAGCUUCAAGCUGAGAGAGACAAUUUAAGGAUAAAAUAUGCAAAUCUUGCAAAAGAAACAGAGGAGACACAAGAUGGAAAAGGGAAAGAAGUUGAGAAGGUGAGGCAGGAGCUGCAGGGGCGUGUGGACGAACUGAAGUCUUAUCCUGAGUUACUGAGUGCAGCUGAGCAGAGUCUCUUCGAGUGCCAGGAGAACCUGCAACGCUCGGAGCGGAAGUGCUCAGAAAAGUCAGAGUCCAUUAGACAACUGCAGGUUAAGAUGGAGAGUCAAGCCCAAAUGCUGAGAUCAUCCAUGGAGAUGAAAGAGUCCAUUCAUGAGAACAAUUUACAGCUGCAAGAAAGCAUAAAUUCUCUCCGAAGGAAGAUGGAGAACGUGCAGCAGGAGAACCUGGAGCUUGUACGGAGGCUCGCAGCUCAGGAGGAAGCUCUCAGCUACAGUAACCGGCAGCUGGACCAUCGUUCAUCAGAGUGUCAGGCCCUCAGCCGGCAGCUGGAGGCAGCUUUAUCAGACGUCAGACAGCAGGUCAGUAAGGUGAAAGACCAGGCUGUUUCCAGAGAAGAGGCCCUUCAGACAAAAAUCCUGGAGCUGGAGGCCGAGAAGAGCAAAAGGGACACCGAGCUGAGACUUCUUCGUCAGAGCAAGCUCACGGCGGAGAAACAGUUUGAGGUGCGUCUGAAGGACCUGCAGCUCAGCCUGGACCAAUCAGAGAGCCACAAACGAAGCAUUCAGAUCUAUGUUGAUUUCCUCAAAAACUCGUAUAAAACCAUGUUUGAUGAAGGACUACAAACUUCAGGUUUUGGAUCAUCAUACUUUCUAAAAUGAUGAAGGUUUGGAUUUUCAAUCUUUGUUUUUGUAUUUUUUAUAAUUUAAUACACCUAUUCAUGAAUUGGGAUGGAAGAACUUUCAGGAGAAGAAAAAGUAGAUUUCUGAUAGAUUUGGGGUUAUACCUACAAUUACAUGUAGCUUUUGUGACUGUGGACUGUUGGUGCUACCCAUAAGACAAAUAGUCUGCUGCAUACGUAUUGUUUAGGACAAGCUUAGCUUUUGAACUUGUUAAUUGUAUGUUCCCUUUUUAACUGUGAGUUCAGAAUGGCAAAGACCUCCUUGUAAUAGCUCUAUGUUUGAUGAGCUGAUCGCCCCCCUCAACAAUUUGGCAAAUAUUUAGUUUGCUGUAGAAGCCUUAACAAAGCAGCUUUGCAUUUUCCACUAAAUUCAGACAGGAAAAUGGCUUUGCUCCUUUGUCAGGUCUUAUUGUUCACACUUGUAUGUAGAAACAUUCUGAAAGCAAUUGUAAUCCGAUAUUAGUGGUGCUUGAAAACCCAACAUUAAGCGGGAGGAUUUGAGGUUAGUGAAGUAAUUUCAGGUGCAAUUCUGUGUUUUUUGCACAAUGAUGGUGGUUCCCUUCUUACUGAGGUACAUUGCUGUGGUAAUUUUCACUGCACACCUCCUCUACUCUAUGGAGCAAUAGGAGUGCCAAAUCAAAAUAUAAAUAAAUAAAUAAAUGUGGAAAUAUAAAGAGAAAUAAAUAAUUAAAUAAAUAAAUGUGGAAAUAUAAAGAGAAAUAAAUAAUUAAAUAAAUAAAUAAAUGUGGAAAUAUAAAGAGAAAUAAAUAAAUAAAUAAAUGUGGAAAUAUAAAGAGAAAUAAAUAAAUAAAUAAAUAAAAAGGAAAAUUUUGUCUUUGCUUUUACCUUUUCUGUUUUUUCCUUUUAUUUAUUUAUUUAUUUAUUUCUCUUUAUAUUUCCACAUUUAUUUAUUUAAUUAUUUAUUUCUCUUUAUAUUUCCACAUUUAUUUAUUUAAUUAUUUAUUUCUCUUUAUAUUUCCACAUUUAUUUAUUUAUUUAUAUUUUGAUUUGGCACUCCUAUUGCUCCAUACUACUCCAGAGCAGGUUAUGGUCCAAAUAAUAGAUCGCCUGCAUGAAAUCGUCACCUACUGACUGGAAUAUGGCUUUAUCAUUCCUGAAAGAUCCUGUGGAGUCAUUGUGCAGGUAGCGAGAGGGGGAAAUGAGAGUACAGCUUUGUAUUUCUUGACUUUAUAAGAUUUACAGUAAGCACACAUACUGUUUCUUAUAUUGUUGUUUAAUAUUGUUUUCUAUAUUUAUUCUGUACUUGCUCCCAAAUUUGAGCAACAUCUCUAUGGACAUUGACCGUGAGAUUACUGAAUUCACUCUCCACACCACCAUAAAAAUAAUUUUAUAUUUAUUACUUGAUUUUUUUUGUGAGUAGCAUAAAGGGAAUACAUCUGUGAUUUCAAUAUACAUUCUUGUCUUAUAUACACUACUGUUCAAAAGUUUGGGGUCACAUAGAAAUGUCUUUAUUUUUGAAAGAAAAACAUUUUUUUUCAAUGAAGAGAGCAUUAAAUUUAUCUGAAAUACAGUCUAGACAUUAUUCAUGUGGUAAAUGAAUAUUCAAACUGGAAAUGGCUGAUUUUUAAUGGAAUAUCUCCAUAGGGGUACAGAGGAACAUUUCCAGCAACCAUCACUCCUCUGUUCUAAUGCUACAUUGUGUUAGCUAACGGUGUUGAAAGGCUAAUUGAUGAUUAGAAAACCCUUGUGCAAUUAUGUUUGCACAUGAAUAAAAGUGUGAGUUUCCAUGGAAAACAUGAACUUGCCUGAGUGACUCCAAACUUUGAACGGUGGUUUAAGAAAGUUGACUAUAAAACCUACAUCUAUAAAACAUAUUACAGAUCUUGCCUUAUAUGAGACAGUGAUAUUGAUGAGCUUAUUAACUAAUGUUCACAUAGUCGACACUUAUUUCUCAACUUUUCUCCCUGGUGUUUGCUGCAGCAGCUGCGUUGCUUUUAACCUGUAUCACAGUUUUUAAUUCUUCAUAUUGGUUUGAGAAUAUAGUUUGUCCUCUUGUGAGAGGUUCUGAACCUGUCCAUGUUUGGUCAUCUGGUGCCAGCACCUCCUCUUCGUGUCAACGCCCUCAUAAACCAGACUCGGAAACCCUGGGCUGACUGACCCAGUUGAUCACCAGCUUCAUGAAUCUGCUGAGCCUGACAGCGGUUGUUGUGUGUAGUGAAGCCAGAUACCCCACAGAUAGACUGUGUAAGAUGAACCUGCUUUUCACAGCACACGCCUCUGAUGUCCCAGCCUUGUUUACCUGUUGAAUGUGAACAUGAAUUAUGCUCUAACUUUGCUACCAUUCAAAUCAUCACCUACCCCAACUGACAUAUCAUUGAAAUCCUGCUGAUGCUGUAAACAAACUUGUGUCUGUUUUUGACGCGAUGGUAGAAAAGGUGUGGUGUAUAAUGGAUUGUCUUAUGUUCUGAUUCUCAGCUGGACUGAGAUGAAUUAAGCUGAGAAUCAGUUUUCCAGCUGUCAGUAGAGAAGCUCAUGCCCGUAGGUUGCAGAUAUAAUUGCUGAGGUACAUAAAACUCUGGAAUAUUUCCUAGCCACUUUAAACGUGGUUACUGGCGGGCUGUAAUGCUUUUAUAAUGCAGGUGUUAUCUCACUGAAGCUUAGGGGCAAACACAAGAUCUCAGGUAUCUGCUGCUGCAUGAGUCACAUACAAGACUGAACCAUAGUUGUAUGUUCUUGUUCCACCAUUGUUGCUUUUGGUUCUCUACUGUAUCUAUGGCAAUAAACUACUGAGUGCAGACCUCUGAAA